AUGCGCGCGCGCGGGCGCGCGAUCGUCGCGACGCGCGCGAGCGCGGACGGCGCGACGACGCGCGUGAUGGUGAACGGGGUGAGCGGAAAGAUGGGACACGCGACGGCGUGCGGCGUGGUCAAGCGCGCGGGGUUCGAGCUGGUGCCGUACGCGCUGACGAAGCGGGCGACGGCGGCGACGACGGAUGUGCUGGGGACGGAGGUGCGAGGCGUGGACGUCGGCGAGGAGGACGCGGGAGAGACGCUGGAACGCGCGAAACGGGAGUAUCCGGGGUUCAUCGUGGUGGAUUACACGCAACCGGACAGCGUGAACUCGAACGCGGCGCUGUACGUGAAGCACGGGGUGCCGUUCGUGAUGGGGACGACGGGGGGUGACCGCGAACGCAUGCUCCGAGAGGUGAAGGAGAGCGGAAAUUACGCCGUGAUCGCGCCGCAGAUGGGGAAGCAGGUGGUGGCGUUUCAAGCGGCGAUGAAAUUGAUGGCCGAACAGUUUCCCGGCGCGUUCGAGGGGUACACGCUGACGGUGACGGAAUCGCACCAGAGUAGUAAAAAGGAUACGAGCGGCACGGCGAAAGCCAUCGUGGCGUCGUUCAACGAUCUCGGGUGUGGGUUCGAUUUGAACGAUAUCGAGCUCGUGCGCGACGUGGAGAGCCAAACGGGGAAGAUGGGCGUGCCCGAAGAACACUUGUUGGGGCACGCGUUUCACACCUAUCGCCUGACGAGCGCGGACGGCACGGUUUCGUUUGAGUUUCAGCACAACGUGUGCGGACGAAGCAUUUACGCCGAAGGUACGGUCGACGCGGUGGGGUUCUUAAAGCGCAAGGUGGACGCGAAGGAUCCAAAAACGUUGUACGACAUGAUCGACGUCUUGAAAGAGGGCGCUAUGGGGGAGUGGGUCAAGUGA